AUGAUUCAAAUGGAAUUAUUAAAAAAACAAGAAAAACCUAAUAAUCUUCUUGUAUUAGAUGAUGGAGGUUGUUUUUCUGAAGCCUUAACAAUUUUAUUUGCUAUUAAUGAUGAUUUAAUCGAAGCAAAUGAAUUAUUUGAUAAUCUUCCAUUAUCCUUAAAAAUUUGUAAAUUUGAUAUAAAAUUAAUUUUAUCAUAUUUAGAUUCAAUUGAAAUUCGUCUUGUUGAACAAACAUCACGUGGUCAACCAAAAAAACAUUUCGAAGCUUCAAUUAUUGCUGAAGCAUGUCUUAAUAUGUUAUCUUAUUUAUUUUAUGAUGCAAAAUCUCAUUUAACAAUUCGUAAACCAUCGAAAUUUGAUAAAUGUUUAUUACUUGGAUAUGGAGCUAUUGGACAAGCUGUUGCUUAUGCAUUAAUACAUAAGGGAGAUUUAGGAUUAUUUUUAAAAGAUUCUGUUUAUAUAUGGGAUACAGAUUUGAUUAAAAGAAAAUUAGCUGAGAAAGAUGGAUUUCAAAUAUUUAAUCAAUUGAAUAAUAAAGAUGAAUUUAAUUAUAUAAUUGGUUGUGCUGGUCGUUGUUCAUUACCAAUAUCAUCUUUAUCUUUAUUAUGUAAUAAUUCUUAUUUAAUUAGUGUUUCAUCUGCAGCUAUUGAAUUUCCAUUUCAUGAUAUGAUUCAAUAUGCUUUAUCUAAGACUUCAAAUAAAAAUUUAGAAAUUUGUUUACCGAAUGAUGAAUUAAAUCAUUUAGAUGAUGAAAAUAUUCAUCGAAAUAUUUGCUAA